AUUCUUCAAAUAUUCAUUACUUCUAUGGAUCCUGCUGAAAAGAGAAUGAAAGAUAUAAAAGAAGCUUUCGAUUAGUUUGAUACUGAUAACAAAGGCACUAUAUCAACAAAGGAAUUAGGUACUAUUCAUCAUAAGUUACCUUUUUUAGCUAAUAUCUUAAAAUAUUUGGGUCAAGACCCUUCUGAUGAAGAGUUGGACAAUUACAUGAAAGAAUUAGAUCCUGAAUCUACUGGUACAAUAGAUUUCUUGCAAAUGAUGAAAAUCUUAACUAAAGCAGUUAAAGAUGAUGAUACGAUUGAUGAAUUAAUGGCAGUACAUACAUCCUUUUAAAUGAACUUUUUUAGUCAUUUCGUGUUUUUGAUGUUGAUAAUACUGGUACAAUUCCAACUGCUGAGAUGAGAUAUAUUUUAAUAGAAAUGGGAGAAAAGAUGACAGCUUAAGAUGUUAAGGAUAUUUUAAAGGAAAUGGACCCAGAUGAUAGUGGAAUGUGCAAAUAUGUUGAUUAUGUCAAAAAAAAGUAUGAAGAUUUACAAGUAGCCAAAGCUAAGGCUGCUAAGCUUAAAGCUAAAAAAAAGAAGAAGUGAA